AUGGAAAAGACGAUGUGUGACCCUUGUAAAGCCAGGUCAAGGUCACUGGCCGCUUCAUACUGGUGUCCGUUUUGUCGUGAGGCAUUUUGUAAGGUGUGUUGUCAGUUUCACCAGACGAUGAAAUUGACCCGCAGCCACAAAGUUCACACACUUAGUGACCUUAAUCCGCACGACAGGGAGCGCGACAGUUCUGGGCAGAGUUUUCGACUCGAAACCCUGACCCCAGUCACCUUCAACGAAAAGACACAGCUACGUGAAAUAGACAAUAUUUUAGUUUUUAUGGACGGAUUGAGUGACACGAGCCUAACACUGAAGAAAAUGUUCUUUGAUUUGAAAUUGCAAAACGAAUCUGAAAAGAAUGAAUGCUUGAGAAAAGUGGCACUGUUUAAGCAACGAUUAAAACAAUUAGCAGACGAUUUCGAGCGUCACAUUUCCGGUGAGCUUGAUUACAUUCACCAUGCAGAGAACGUUCAAGUUGAUUCCAGAAUAGAAGAAUGUGAACAGAUCUUCAACGCUCUUGAACUGUCGAAAGACUUAGCGCAAAGCGUAAAAACAGAGUAUAUAACUCCGCAGACGAUAAGUAAGGUGAACUCUGCACGACAACGGUGUAAUGAGUACAAAUUUUCUUUACAAAGAAUACACAGUCGUCUGCAACCGGUCAAAUAUAACCUAGCUAUUGAUCGUAACGUUUCUGAUGCGCUCAACACCACGCCGGGUGUUAUUGGUAAGAUAGAAACAAGUCAUGAGAACGAUGACCUCUUUGAAGACUCUGACGCCAAACAAAACAGACGCGAAAGCAUCGUUUCAAAUAAUAUGGCGCGUGCUUCCGGCUCAAUGGGCAGGCCACAGACGUUUCUUUCGAAUUCCGAGCAUGCGCAGAAAGUCAAUGAAAUAUAUCUUCAACGAAAAGAUGAUCAUGACGAACUUAUGAUUACGUCAAUUUGUGCACUGAAUAAUAACCAUUUCAUAACUCUCGAUCGCAAUAACAACAAGUUACUCCUUGUACACCAAGACGGUACCAUUGUGACGUCAUACGUGUUUACGAAUCAAAUUUGGGACAUGGCGUUAAUUGACUCUCUUACGGUUGCCGUCACCGUACCAGAUAAUGACAAGAUUGUUCUUGUGAAGGUGAGAAACAAGAACCUUUGCGCGGAGCGCUUAAUUAAAACAAGCAAUAUAUGCUAUGGAAUUAGUUCCAUCGAAGGAUUCAUGGUUGUGACAGUUAAGGGUGGCUACGUCAAAAUUGUGACAAAAGCCGGUGAAGAAGUGGCAUCAAUACGUCAUAAUUCACGCGGAGAAGUCCUGUUCACAGAUCCACAACACAUAGCAACAAAUCGUGAACAAAAUGAGUUGUAUGUGUCGGACUAUACGUUACACACCGUAACAGCCUUGUUCCUGACUGGCGUGAAGAUUGACACACAGCCGAAAUUUGUCUUCCGGAAUAACGAGCUACAAAAUCCCACAGGACUGUGUUUGGAUGUCCAAGGCUACGUGUACGUUUGUGGGUACUCCUCGCACAAUGUUCUUAAAUUGUCGUCUGACGGUCAACUUUUACAAGCGUUACUAACAGGUAUCAUGAAUCCGCAGACGGUCGCUUUAACGACAAUGGAAGACCAGUUAUUGGUAUCAAGUCUCAGCACCGGCGGAAAGACGAAACAUAUGCAAAAUGUGAUAGAAGUAUUCCGAAUGUGA